AUGUAUAAGCCGGACACGCUCACGCGCCGCGGCAGCCUGAGAUCCCUGCGCAGCGCCCCGCUCCUGAGCACCGUGCUCGAAAGCACGCUUUCACUGACCCGCAUCCACCCGAUCGCCUCCUUGGAGCUGCCCGGCCUCGACUAUGCGGUCCACUCGCAGUCGGCCUUCGGCGCCUACGGGCUAGCCCACCCCCGGGAUCUAGCCACCUGCACCUCGUUGCGCAGCGGCCUUGCGGCGAUCACCGCGGCCUCCGCUUCCGCCGCCGGCGGCGUUUCCCAGUCGCAGAGCGCCCUCCUCGGGCGGUACGGCCCCAACGCCUCGAUUCGCCACGGAGAAAGAAAGAUUGUCCAGCCGAAACGGGUUCUAUCACGCAAACUAAAGCCACAUCUUGUUGCGGACACCGUAAAGCAGUAUAUAAGUCGGGCCCAACGCACAACCAAAAAGGGUUCUCAAGAGCAGCAAAAUAUGGAGUUUUUACGCGGCGUCUAUGCGUUUAUGCAAGUGAGUAGAUCAUCGGUGUCUCAUGUCAAAAUCGAUUCACCUGUUUUUCGCCUGCACACCAACGCAACGGUCAUAUUACUGAUCACAUUCUCGAUUGCUGUGACGACGCGGCAGUACGUAGGAAAUCCCAUAGACUGUGUACAUACAAGAGACAUUCCCGAAGAUGUUCUCAACACAUAUUGUUGGAUACACUCAACGUAUACAGUGGUCGAUGCGUUUAUGAAGAAGCAAGGUUCCGAGGUGCCUUUUCCCGGAGUUCACAAUUCACAGGGCCGCGGGCCUCUUACAAUAAAGCACACAAAAUAUUAUCAAUGGGUAGCGUUUACACUAUUUUUUCAGGCAAUCUUAUUUUAUACACCAAGAUGGCUGUGGAAAUCUUGGGAGGGUGGCAAGAUUCAUGCGCUCAUCAUGGACUUAGACAUAGGCAUUUGUUCCGAAGCCGAGAAAAAACAAAAAAAGAAAUUACUUUUAGAUUAUUUGUGGGAAAAUUUAAGAUAUCACAAUUGGUGGGCGUACAGAUAUUACGUGUGUGAGCUGCUCGCCCUUAUAAAUGUGAUAGGUCAAAUGUUUCUUAUGAAUCGAUUUUUCGAUGGCGAAUUUAUGACAUUUGGCCUGAAAGUGAUAGAUUAUAUGGAGACCGAUCAGGAAGAUCGCAUGGAUCCGAUGAUUUACAUAUUUCCCAGAAUGACCAAAUGUACAUUUUUUAAAUAUGGUUCAAGUGGGGAGGUGGAGAAACACGACGCCAUUUGCAUUUUACCAUUAAACGUUGUUAAUGAGAAGAUUUACAUUUUCCUUUGGUUUUGGUUUAUAUUAUUAACGUUUCUCACAUUAUUAACGCUAAUAUACAGGGUGGUUAUUAUAUUCUCUCCUCGAAUGAGGGUCUACUUAUUUCGUAUGCGAUUUAGGUUAGUGCGUCGUGACGCUAUUGAAAUAAUCGUUCGUCGUUCGAAGAUGGGCGAUUGGUUUUUGUUGUAUUUACUAGGUGAAAACAUAGAUACAGUUAUAUUUCGUGAUGUUGUACAGGACUUAGCGAAUCGUUUAGGACAUAACCAACACCACAGGGUGCCUGGCUUGAAAGGUGAAAUACAGGAUGCAUGAUAUUGGGAGUAUUAGAAACAAUACAAAAUGCAAUUUGUCGUCUCCAUUUGAAAACCAUCGAAUUCAACAACAAACAUGUCGAAAGCUAGAACAAGACUAAGAAAGGACAAUUACAACCACAAAGGAAUCUAGAGAUCUUCGCAGCAGCCGCUUCAUUAAAACUUACAACUCAACACACCGCUAAAAAAUCUUUAAAAAAAACGUAUCUCAAAAAUACAACCAAAAAAACUAUCGUCAGCUCGCAGUCAGUCAUAAAUCAGCAUUUUCAAUCACGGAGACUAAGUCUAUCGAUAGUCGGUACAAACACAUCCAGAACCACAGGACAUAGAAUACAGCAUAGCAAAAUGGAAGCGGAAUGAAAGCAUGGAGAAAUAUGGAAAAAAUAGGAAAGCAUUAACAGCCACGCAACGAAAGGAAUUACUCAAAAUUCAAUACCAAUCAAUUAAAGUAACGUAAAUGAGAAAACGGAUAUCGAAUAAUCGAGAGAUCGAGAGAUCGAGAACGGAAGUCCUGGCACUUCCGGACAGGACACCCAAGCCGGUGGCAAGUAGCGCCUGCCGUCGGCCAGGGGUCACAAGGUCACAAGUCACAAGGGAUCGCCUGGCAAUCAACGAUCAGCGAUCAGCGACCCAUAGAAAGUUGCCCCAAGGACAAGAUCAAAGUGUGAGGAGAACAGCAAAUGGACAGCACCGGAAACGGAAACCACAGACAAAUACGCACACACACACCCACACACACACACACACACAGACGACGCCACACAUACGCUUACAGCGACAUCACUCAUACGCCCCGUAGAACACAUCGCACUUUGCUUGUCAUGCAGCGUUAACUAAACCAAACAUCAACAAAGUCGAGACGACGCCCGCGGAAAAUUGCAUUUCUGUAUUAACCCCAAGAGAAGAGAAGGAGAAGGAGAAGAAUCGAAGAUCAGCAUCACUCUCACCGAGGAAAAGCAGGAGUACCAUACGAACGAGAUGCUACAACAACGCCACAAGACGGGGAAAGAGAAGCCUCCCCGCUUUGUGAAGGCAGCAAAUGAAAGUCAAGAAAAUCGCAAGUGGAAAUCGCAGAGGGGAGUAACAGUUUAAUUAAAUUAAAUUCAAUUCAAUUAAAUUACUUAUUACAAUGAUAUCUUGAAGUGUUCAUGUAUUCGAAUGUAGGUUAACUAAGUCAAGCAUACAAGUAAUUCUACAUAUAUGUAUAAUAUAUAUAUUAUAUAUAUACAUAUAUAUAUAUAAACAAUUUUUUUUUUAACUCUAAGCAUUUGUAUUACCCGCUAAACAAAUGAACAAGAAAACAAAACGAAAAAAAAACAUAGAAAAAAACAACCAAAAAAAGGCAAACUGAAAACAGAAUUUUUUUGUAUACAGAAAUGAAUGAAAAUUGAAACCCGAAAUGAGCAGAUAGCGAAAUAAUGAUAAUGAUAAAGAAAAAGAAAGAGUAAAACCUAAAACCGAGACGAAACGAACAGAAAAUAUCAGUAAAUAUCAAAGAAAGUUCAGAAAAUACCAUACCGAAUACCGAAAACCGAAACAAAGGAUACAUUUACAUAGUUUAAUUAGAAGAAACUAUAGCGCGCAUCAUUAUAUAACCGAAAAACUGAAAAACUGAAAAACUGAAAAACCGACCGAACAGAACGUAACUCCCAACUCACAAAGACAAACAGACAGACGGAAACGGAAAUGUUUUAAGCUCACACACACCCACUCACAACACAACAGAACACAACACAACACACCACACACACGUAUAUAGCAUGUAAAGCAUAUAUAAAUAUAUAUAAUUAUCAAUCGAUCAUUCAGCAAAAGAGAGCAGCCAACAUUCGCAUCAUAAAACAAUUAACUCCACUAAUAAUAGAGCAUACUCAACUCUAUCUCUCUCUACGAAAAAUACGCCUAGUACUCAAGCGGUAAAUGCGAAGAAAAAAAACCCAGGAAAAACGGGCGGCACACUCACGCUUUGCCACAUGAAUCAAGUGUAAACGCAACGAUAAUAACUUUAUAAUACCGCUAGCGAUUAAAGUCCUAAACAGGAGGGUACAGUUCGGGAGUUCGACAAUUCCCCCAGGCAUUGCAGGUGGUCCUACAGUAAGCCCCUUUUAUGACAAACAUCGCCCCCUCCGAGAAAUAGUCACCCAUCCACGAGUUCAUCAUGUGCUACAAAUCGUAAUAUCCGUCCAGAAAACCUUUUGAAGCGCACCUCCCGCUCUCUAACUCCAAUCUCUCCUCCUUUUUUGGAUCCUGAUCCUUGAUCCAGGGUCCAUUCCACUUUCCACUUCCCACUUCCAACUUCCACAACGCCCAGCCCCCAACCCCCAAGAAGUGGACCAAAGAACCAGUCACACAGAUGCCUCAAAAGUUUUCCCCCCUCCCCGUCGCAUUUUCCAAUCUUUAGAAGGACGACCAAGAAAAAGAAAUACACAGCCAGAAAAAGCCAAGCCAGAGAUGCAAAUCUAACAACAAAUGUCACUGCCAACAAAACCAGUAAUUGUAAAAUCAAAUUUAAAUAGUUAAAGACCGUACAACAUACAAGUAAAUGAAUCGAAAUGGGGGUGGACCUGAUACGAAAUAGAAGGUAUUUCCGUAGGGCUAGCACUGCAAUGCCGAAAGUAGUUACAAGAAAGCAACAGGAAUUAACACCCACGCCCGAUGAUUGUUCCUUGUCACAGAAGAAUCAGGAAUUGCCGAUGUGGACCUGCUCAAAACCUCACUCCUUUCGGGAAUUCAUUUCGGAUUUAGAUCACCUAAUUUGAGUGCUUUUUCCGUCUACUCACACUACUCAGCAUACUCAAAGACGCAUUACAAUUUAGAGGGAGGAGAAAGUGGGUAUGAGGUUGAAGCGAAAAAACAAUAAAUGUAACAAUAAAUGGUAAUAAGUAAUUUUAGCGUAUUUUUUUUUAACUGCUUAUAGCCAACUAAGUGUAAUUGUAAUUCUAGUUCAAACUGAACCAUUUUUGUCCGCGUUUUUUUUUUGUCGUGGAUUCGUAGGUUAAGCCUCACACACACACACACACACACUUAUAGCCACACACAACACAACCAACCACACACAUGGUAAACGACAAGAAAUGUAUAAAUAUCGAGGAUACUUACACUGUAAUUAAAGGGGGGCGAAUAAGAAGGAAUACCAUACCAAAACGUAAGCAUAUUACAAGGAAAUUGCCAUUAGUCGAUAGUGUUAAAGCGAUACGUAUAUGAUCUACACGCUAGGCUAACGAACAAAACAAACAAACAAACGAAAGAAAUAAAAGAAAUGCAAUGAAAUGAAAUGAAAUGAACGGAAUACUUAGUGUAGCUCAAGAUGGAAUCUCUCGUAUCUCGUAACUCGUAACUCCAACUAAAAGCAAUUGUAAAAUAUCGUAAUAGAUCCAGGGGCGAUCGAACAAACAAACAAAAGCAAAAGCAAAAGCAAACGAACAAUACGCAAGACUUUAUUUUUCAAAGUAUGCCGCAAUAUUAGGUCGAAGAGUUCGAAUUGUACUAGCUGAAUCUAGAAAAUAAGAAGGACAUUUCAUAGACGCAAUCCUAGAAGCAAUAGGCACAUCCGGAAACGGAAAUGAAAAUUAGAACGGAAACGGAAUCAGGCAGAGCUAACGGUAACAACGAUGACUCUUCACCACGUUUCACCACCUCCGGUACAAUUCUGUCCACUUCUCACCACACAGCACUGCACUUUUUUGCUCUCUCUCUCCCUCUCUCUCUCUCUUUCUCCCUCUCUCUUACACCCUUUUUCCAUCCCUUUCACACUGUUGGUUGACUACAUAGCCUGUUUCCACUUGAAGAAAAAACAACGAAAUGCACGCAGGCAAAAUAUGGAUUUUAUCAGAGCAUUUCACACUUUAUAGAGAAUGUAAAUUUCAAGUGUGAUCAUCGCCAGUUUAUCUCUCAUGGAGAAAAUGUGGUUUACACGUUGUUCACACACCCAACAUGUGACAGUGGAAAGAGGCUAUGCAACUCGUGUAUCCCAUUUAAAAGAAUCUGAAUCCGUAAGAAUAUUGCAAAAUUCUGUUGAAAACAUCGUUUUUUUCCAGUGAUUAAUGUUUGUGUUCGUUUGUUCAUUUGUUUGUCUGUUUGUUUGCUCCCGGUCUGAAUUUGGUUUCUGCCAUAUUGUUUGUGUAUAAUUAUUAUGUAUUGUUUGGUGGCUAAGAUAAGGUUUUAGUUCUGUAACUUCUACCGUACUUUCUCACUCAUUUGUUCAUUCGUGCAAUAAAAAAGAGACUUGUAUACAUAUCAUUGUUUUUUUGGUUUUAUUUUGGGCUUUCAUUUCAGAUUCUCCACCCACCUGUUCCUCUAUCCCUUCAUCCCUCCCUCUUUCUCUAUCUGCUCUUAUCCCCUUCACUAUCUACCUUUCUCUUUCUCAGCACCCACUCAAUUCAAAGCGACGAAGAAAGUCAAUUUCUCACGGCUCAAAAACGCAAUAAAAACUGAACCAGGAAAUCGAACGAACUAAAAGCAACAAUUAGUGAAGCAUAUUGGUGAAAUACUCGUAACUUAUAUUUUAAAUCGAAUUAGUGAGUGAUUAGCGCAACGAUAACGAUAAAAGAAAACAAUUUAGUUGAAUUCCCUAGCUGAAUCGAAUUGAAUAGUGAGAACUUUUUAUUAGGAAGCGAAAGCGUUUUUUAAUUAUAUACUAAUCGAAUCAAAAUUGUAAAGAUCAAAUACCAAAUAACGAAUAACGAAUAACAAAUAUUGCAUACAAAUUGAAACUGCCAAUUCACAUUCUCAGACAAAUUUUUACGAAGCUAAAGCUUAAACCAAAACCAAAACCAAAAACCAAAAGCAAAACCACAACUUAAGAACAUCCAAUUAAUAGCACUAAGCGAAAGUAUACAAAAUUGCUGAAAAUUAUUAAUUACCGAGAAGCGAAACCAAAUUGAAGAAUCGCAAAAUCGAGCUCGUAUCUUGAUCAUUUACCUAGGCCCACGACUUUAACCCUCCUUCGUUUCGGUUUCUCCCGAUUCUCGAUUUCGAUUUCGAUAGCCAAUAUCCGAUGGUCGUCAUUUGAAUUGAUGAACCAUUUUGGAUUGCGGUUCAGGAUUACUUUAGGCACUUAGCGUAUAUAUCAAUUUGUGUGUGUGUGAACAAAUAGCAGACAAUAAUUAGUGAGGGAACUUUUUAGGCGAGAUCGAAGGACCAGGACUGAAAUGACGAGGGAAAAUCAGUUUUCCUGGACUAAAAGGGGCGUGGCUGGGGACUUUCACAAGCAGCUAAUUUAUUGUCUUCCAGCAUAGCGCGCAUACAUUUCACUAUUUGAGUCGAAGUACUUUGUUUCCCCAACUGGAAUAACGUUGCAGCUUAAAUGUGAUUUGUUUCUCACUUUUAAUCGGUUUUUGUUUUUGUUGAAGUUUUCUAUACUAUUGACCACGCCCCCAGAUCUCAGCGGCUUGAAAAUGAUAGAAAGAGAUUUAUUUCGUUGGUGGCCCAGAGUUCAGCAGCAAAAUUAGCGAGCCGCAUUUGAUGGAGUGUAUAGGAAAACUGCCUUAAAGAUUUUCAAGUGAGACCGAUCGAUCAACCAGCAAACCGUGUAUAUAUUUAUUAUAUAGAGGCCGAGUCGCAGGCGCAUUACAUAAAAUAAAUAACAACUAAAAGGCGGCAGAGAAGAACGAAGAAAUAAAACCAAAAAUCAUAUGCAUUAAAAGUAAAGUAAAGGCAAAGACAAACAAAGGCAGAAGCAGAGGCAGAGGCCGAGGCAGAGGCAAAGGCAAAGCAAAUGAAAAAGCAAAGCAAAGCGAAAGAGCCCAGUCGGAAGAAGGGAGCGGGGGAACUCUCUCCCCGAGCCACCCCCCGCCCCCGAUACUCCCAACAAAAAAAAACAAAAGGCCAGGGACGUUGAUGGGAAUUAAUAAUUACCAAGUAAUAUUAUAAAAUAUUAUUAUAUAAAUUAUAAAUUAUUAUUAAAGA